AUGCCGACGCUGUUUCCAGAGCCUGUGGACCUGCAAGGGGCCGAGCAGCCGGACGGCCCGCUGUGGGAGCGGCCGUCAGUGCUGCGCGCAGUGUUCGCCGCCGGCCAGGAGCAAGAGGACGACUUCUUCGCCAUCGUGCUCUUCGUAUUCGCCACGACGGUGUUGGCAUGCGGCGCCGCACUUGCCUGCUUCGCGUACAUCCGCAGGCAAGGUGCUCCUGGCCCGGAUGUUACAGAUCAGCGUGGCGACGUUCUCCUCCUGGCGGACAUGGAAGAGGGCAGAGCUGCGGCCGCCGUUGCCAAUGUGGACGAGCGGCGCCCAACUGGAGAUGCGGCUUCACCUGAAUCUGAGGUGGACUUCGAUGAGGUCCCGGACCUCGACCAUGUGGGCUACAUGUUGGACAUCUAUCAGGAUAGGCGCAACCAGCGCCGAAAGAAACAGAAGGUUCUGAAGAAAGAGAUCAAGAACGAGAUCAAGAAGGCUCGCAGGGCGGAGGCCAAUGCCCAACAGGUGGACUUGGGCGGCCGCGCUGCCGUCCCGCGAGCUCCACAACUCCCACAAGCCCCGCCCCUUCCGCAGCAGACGCGACAGGCGACAGCGAUGAUGACCUUCGUGACCCAUGCACCAUCGUGUGCCUCAGGCACAUCCAGCGAGGUCCCACCGCCCCCCCGCGAUGCCGACGGUUGGGAAACGCCGGAAACGCUGUCCCCCAUCAACUCCUGCACUCAACAGGUGAACUUGGGCAGCCGCGCUGUCGUCCCACGAGCUCCACUUCUCCCACGAGCCCCGCCCCUUCCGCGUCAGACUCGACAGGCGACAACGAUGAUGACCUUUGCGACCCAUGCACCACCAUGCGCCUCAGGCACAUCCAGCGAGGUCACACCGCCCCCCGGCGAUGUUCGCUCUGGGUGCGCCAGAGUGAACUUGGGCGGCCGCGCUGCCGUCCCGCGAGCUCCACAACUCCCACGAGCCCCGCCCCUUCCGCGUCAGACUCGACAGGCGACAACGAUGAUGACCUUUGCGACCCAUGCACCACCAUGCGCCUCAGGCACAUCCAGCGAGGUCCCACCGCCCCCCCGCGAUGCCGACGGUUGGGAAACGUGGUCCGGCAACUUCUACGAGGAGGCACUUCCAGAUUGGGCUCUGCCCGAGGAAGAGCCGUGA